GCCGCAGGUAGACAUUGCAAAUGUAGCACUGAUCAUGAGCGCGGGUGCCGUGUCACAUGGCAAAGGAGAAAGAUGGCACCGGCCGCGGCCAGGGUGUGAGUGCUGUCGCCGACCUGCUCGAGCUGCUGCAGGCGCUGGGCAGUUUCGAGCGCCUGGCCGCGCUGGCCGUGGCGCUGCUGGCCUCGCUGCCUUGGUGCCCAGGGCUGGAGUGGCUCCUCUACCUGGUGCUUGGGCUGGGCCUCCUGCAGCUGUUGGCCUCGCAGGAGGCAGCUUGUCAGCAGCUGGAGGCGCGACGCCGGCGGCUGGAGCAAGACGCCGACGACGUGCAGCAGGAGUGCAGCAAGCUCUAUGAUGAGCUCCAGGAGACGGAUUGCGGCCUCAUCCGCGCCAUGCGCCAGAGAUGGAGGAUCCUGUCCAUGCAAAAGGGCUCCGAGGCCCCUGAGCCCACGGAGGCGAGGACGGUGCAAGACCUGAAGCGCACUGCGCAGGUGUUGAUGCUGUGCUUCCAGUGGAGCUCUGCUCGAGACCCGUGGCCUGAAAGUGCUCCGGGCUGCAAAACCCCGGUGAGGCGGCACUCGUCCACGGGUACCUCUCCGCAACAGGCGGCGAUGAGCAUCUUUGAGACUUUGCUGUCUGAAGCUGACAGACGGGAGAGUGAUUCCUCGUGAGUCAAAAGUCUGCAUUGCGUAUCUGGCUCAGAGUACCUACGCCUGUUGGCGAGUGUCAAGUUUUUUGCGUGAAGUGUUUGCCUUUCGCCUGGGCUGAGACGUUGGAUUUGCCUUGC